UCCAAAUCCAAAUACAGUUUCUCUUCCCUGCGAGUUCUUCUCUCAACCUGGUAGGUUACUCUGUGUAAACAUUUUAGGAAAAAACCGCCACUAAUUUUUACCUGAAAACUCAAAACCCUAAAAUCAUUUUUUUUCCAAGGUUUCUCAAUUUUUUUUCAAUCUCUCUCAAAUGGAAACCGAAGAAAAAGGGAAUUCAAUAAAUCUAUCCAGUAGUUCUAUUAAACUCGAAAACGAAUCUAAUUUAACAACCACAAUAACAACUGCCACAACAGACACCGAGUCUGUUCCUGAGUUGCACGAGUCGCAACUCAAUGGCGCUGAUACCGAAUUACAACAACAACCACAACCACCACAAUCCCAAACAGAAACAACGGUUCUCGACAAGAGCGAUGCUCAGGAUUUUGUUUUAGGUGAAUCUCAAUCAGUUUCUCUUCAUACGCUCGUGGUCGAGGGAGGCGAAGGCGAGGAGGUUGCGGAGGCUACAGAGGAGAGUGAGGAGAUUGAGGCACCACAAGAGGAUGUUGAGAAAGAAGUGGAAAAUAGAGAUUUGGUUGCUAAAGAGGAGAGAAAUGAGGAUGUGAAUGGAAACGCGAAUGCUGGAAACAAUGAAAUGGAGACUGAGACCGGGACGGAGGGUGUUGCUGACGUGGCAGCAAAAUUAGAGACAUUAAGCCAGGAAGUAGAGACAGUGGAGGCGGAGGUAACUGAAGUGAAAGAGAAAUUGGAAGUGGCUGAGAAUAUGGAGAAGAAGGAUGCAGUGGAGGAGAAAAAGGAGGAUGCUGACGUGGUGGACAAGGUGGAGAUGGAUAAUGUGGUGGAGGAAGCUGAAACAGUGAAGGUGAAGGAAGAAGAAGAGGGGGCGGAGAAGACGGGGAUAUCUGGCGUGGGGGGUGAAGUGGAGGCGGUGGAGCAGAAGGAAGUGACUGACUUCGUGGAAGAAGGGAAAGCGGAGAAAACAGAAGUUGCUGAUGGGGCAGGGGAAAUGGAGGCCGUGGAGCUGAUUGAAAUGACUGAGAUUGUGGAGGAAGAGAACGUAGAGAAGAUGGAAGCUAACGAGGAGGAGGAAAAGCAGCCAGCCCAACAGGUUGAAAUGACUGACAUUGCAGAGGAAACCAGGGAGGAUGAGAAAAAUGAAAUGACAGACAUAGAGGAAAUGAAGGUGGCAGAGAAAAUAGAAACGACUGAUGUGGCAGGAGGGAUGGAGGAGGUUAUUAAUGAGGAAGGGGAAAUGAAGGAGACAGAAAAGAUUGACGUGGCAGAGGAAGGCGAUAAGGAAGAGGAUACAAAAGUGGAGAUGGCGGAGAAGGAGAAUGAAGCAGAGGAUAUGUUAGAUGAAAUGGAAGGGGAAAUGAAGGAGACAGAAAUGAUUGACGUGGCAGAGGAAGGCGAUAAGGAAGAGGAUGCGAAAGUGGAAAUGGCGGAGAAGGAGAAUGAAGCAGAGGAUAUGUUAGAUGAAAUGGAAGGGGCCGAAGAGGAAGUCGAGAAAGGGGGUACAAGUGGUGGUGGUGGGAAGAGGAAGCGGCAAAAGAAUGCCAAAGCUCCCUCUAGAGCAACAUCAAAGAAGAAGACGGAGGAGGAUGUCUGUUUCAUUUGCUUUGAUGGAGGUGAACUUGUGCUAUGCGAUCGCAGGGGUUGUCCUAAGGCUUAUCAUCCUUCCUGUGUUAAUCGAGAUGAGGCUUUCUUUCGCGCUAAAGGUCGAUGGAAUUGUGGUUGGCAUCUAUGUAGCAACUGUGAGAAGAAUGCCUAUUAUAUGUGCUAUACAUGUACCUUUUCAUUGUGCAAGGGGUGCAUUAAAGAUGCUGUCAUCUUAUGUGUACGAGGUAACAAAGGUUUCUGUGAGACGUGUAUGAAAACUGUCAUGUUAAUUGAAAGGAAUGAGCAGGGAAACAAGGAAACGGGUCAAGUAGAUUUUGAUGACAAAAGUAGCUGGGAGUUUCUCUUCAAGGAUUAUUGGACUGAUUUAAAAGAGAGGCUAUCUCUAACACCAGAAGAGCUUGCUCAGGCUAAAAAUCCAUGGAAAGGUUCUGAUUCACAUGCUGGGAAGCAGGAAUUGGCUGAUGAGUUUUGUGAUGUGCACAAUGGAGGAUCAGGAUCAGGACCAGACAGUUCUGAAAAUGCAGAAGUCACUACCUCUAAAAGAAGGAAGCCCAAAAAACGGCUGAGGUCUCGAGCAAAGGAGAGGGAUUCACCAGGCUCAUCAUCAUGGGCUGGAGGGGAAUCUGCAGAUGAAAGUGUUGAGUGGGCAUCAAAGGAGCUUUUGGAGUUUGUUAUGCACGUGAAGAACGGUGAUAAAUCUGCUUGUUCUCAAUUUGAUGUGCAGGCUCUUCUGCUUGAAUACAUAAAAAGAAACAAACUCCGUGAUCCUCAUCGCAAAAGUCAAAUAAUAUGUGAUUCUAGGCUUGAGAAUUUGUUUGGGAAACCACGUGUGGGGCAUUUUGAAAUGUUAAAGCUUCUUGAAUCUCAUUAUCUUUUGAAAGAUGAUUCGCAGGCAGAUGAUCUUCAAGGGAGUGUUGUUGAUACUGAAGCUAAUCAGUUGGAAGCUGAUGGGAACUCUGAUGCUCUUAUGAAGGCAAGUAAGGAUAAGCGACGAAGAUCACGUAAAAAGGGUGAGGGGAGAGGACUGCAAUCUAAUAUUGAUGACUACGCAGCCAUCGAUAUGCACAAUAUUAAUUUAAUUUACUUGCGACGUAGUUUGCUUGAAGAUCUAAUUGAAGAUACUGAAGCAUUUUAUAAUAAAGUUGUUGGAUCUUUUGUGAGAAUAAGAAUAUCUGGUAGUGCUCAAAAGCAAGAUUUAUAUCGGCUGGUCCAAAUUAUAGGUACAAGCAAAGCUGCUGAGCCUUAUAGAGUAGGCAAAAAGAUGACUAACUUUAUGCUGGAAAUAUUAAAUUUAAACAAGACAGAGCUUGUAUCGAUCGAUAUAAUCUCAAAUCAAGAAUUCACAGAGGAUGAGUGCAAGCGUCUGCGUCAGAGCAUAAAAUGUGGACUUAUCCAUCGGUUGACUGUUGGUGACAUUCAGGAAAAGGCCAUGGCAAUCCAGGCGGUCAGAGUUCAUGAUUUGUUGGAAGCAGAGAUAACACGUUUCAGUCAUCUCUGUGAUCGAGCUAGUGAUAUGGGACACAGAAAGGAGCUUAGAGAAUGUGUAGAGAAGUUGCAGCUUCUAAAGACACCCGAGGAGCGCCAGCGUAGAUUGGAAGAAAUUCCAGAAAUACAUGCUGACCCAAAUAUGGAUCCAAGUCACGAGUCUGAUGAAGAUGAAAGUGAAACAGAAGAUAAGAGACAAGAAAACUCUCUCAGACGUAGAGGUAGUGGCUUUAGCAGGAGAGGGAGGGAGCAAAUUUCCCCUCGAAAAGGAGGUUUUGCUUCAAAUGAUACCUGGGGUGGAUCAAGGAGUUACUCAAGCAUGAAUCGGGAGCCAAGCAGAAACAUGACUGAUAAAGGUUUCUCAAACGAAGGGGAUGAUUUUGGAGCUGGUGAGGCUGCGAAUGAAAAUUUGUGGGGUCAAGGAAGAGAAAAACCAACACAGCAGUCCCAGAGUUGGGAAAUGCCAAAAACUGCUUCAAAUGCAUCCCAGGCUAGGAAUUCUACGGUAAUAUCAGAAUCUGUUCCUAGGGUUGCACCAGAAAUUUCACCUGCAACUCCCUCUACAGUUGUCGCACAAUCUACUGCUGCUAAAGUGAAUGAAGCGGAAAAAAUAUGGCACUAUAAAGAUCCAUCUGGAAAAAAUCAAGGGCCAUUUUCCAUGGUGCAGCUGCGGAAAUGGAGUAAUACUGGAUAUUUCCCUGCUGAUUUGAGGAUAUGGAGAAAUACUGAGACAAAAGAUGACUCCAUACUUUUGACUGAUGCACUGUCUGGAAAUUUCCAGAGUGACCCUCCAGCAGUGGACAAUAGUUUCCCGAAGACUCAAUUGGUUCAGAGUCCACAUCUACCAUCCUCAUAUACUGGGAAUAUUGCUCAAGCUGCACCAGUUCCAGUUGAGGUCCCCAAGUACUCUACGGAUAGGUGGGGUUCUGGGACAAACCUCCCUUCUCCUACACCAGGACAAACUGCCACAAGUUUGAUGAAGGGGCAAGUGUUUGAAAGUCAAGUGACUCCAACUCAAUCUCAACCUGUGGGUUCUGUCCUAGGAGCCAACCAAUCCUCAGGAGACAAUGUAGAACAGCAACAUGCUACUGUUAUCUCUGGGACUCCAAAAGUGUCUCAUGGAGUGAGCCCAGUGCCUAAGCUAGAAACAGGCAUGCUUCCAAGCUCUUCAAAUGCUCCUCAAAUGCAUUCUCAAUCAAUGUUGACAGGUGAAUCACCCAAGGUACUGGUUAAUUCCCAUCUGCAUUCAGCACUUGAUACCACUGGAGCUUCUGUUAAUGCAGCUGUUGAUAUAAGAAGUCUCCAAAACCUGGUUCUGCCGGUGACUAGUGGUAACUCUCAUGUUGGCACACAUGGAUGGGCUGGUUCAAUUUCAAGGCCAGAAAUGAAUGCCUCGCAUGCUGCAGUAACUGGGACUGGAUCUCAAGCAUGGGGAAGUACCCAAUCCCACAAGGCAGAGGCAAAUAAUCUGGUUUCUAUGCCUUCACAGCCCAGUACCUAUGGUAACUGGAGCAAUGCACCAACCUCUGUCCAGAACCCCACUUCAUCCUUGACUACAGGAAAUCCAAGUGGGUUUUCCCCUGUGACAGGCACUGGCACCAAUCCUUGGAGAGCUCCUGUUCCAGGACCAUCAAACAUUCAACCUUCUGCUCCAUCCAGCAGACCAUGGGGAAUGGGUAUUACAGAGAAUCAAAGCACUACUCCAAGGCAAGGUUCAGAAAACCAAAAUACUGGUUGGGGGGCAAUUCCGGGAAAUCAAAACAUGGGCUGGGGAGUAUCCUUACCUGCAAAUUCAAAUCAGUGUUGGGUUGCUCCUGGUCAGGUCCCAGCAACUGGAAAUGUGAAGCCUGUUUGGGUUGCUCCUGUCCAGGGACAAGCACCCGGAAAUGCAAAUCCUGGUUGGGGUGCUCCUGUUCAGGGACAAGCACCUGGAAAUGCAUUUUCAGGUUGGGGACCAUCUGGUCAAGGGUCUGUACCAACAAGUGCAAACACCGCUUGGGUUCCACUCAGUCAAGGACCACCACCUCCUGGGAAUGCAAAUACAAAUUGGGCUGUGCCUACCGGGAAUGCAGGCACAUGGGGAAGUGACAUGAAUCAAAUUGGAGAUAGAUUUUCAAGCCCAAAGGAAAGAGGUUCUCACGGUGGAGAUUCUGGUCAUGGUGGAGGCAAACCAUGGAAUAGGCAGUCAUCAUUUGGCAGAAGUGGAGACUCUCCCAGACCUUCAUUUAAAGGGCAGAGAGUGUGCAAAUACCAUGAACAUGGGCAUUGCAAAAAAGGAUCUUCAUGUGAUUAUUUGCAUACUUGAGAGCUUUAUGAAUUUUGGGCAGCAUAGAUUAGUUAAUCUCUGUACAGUAAUCUUAUUUGAUAGAAGUUUGCUGUGAUGAUAAUCAUCAUUUGAUGCUUUAUAUUGGUACAAACCUCUUGCAAUAGCUCGAUCAUUUCCCAUCCUUGGAUUUUCUGUGUAGGCUCAUGGCUGUACGUCCUCUCAUUCUGUUAACAGUUUAUCUGAAUGCUCGAGGUAGAAGCCUGGGAUAAUUUGUUCCGCUUCCAUGAAAAGCUACACCCUUUUGAUUUGAUUGCUA